AUUGUCAGCGGGGUAUAUAGCAGGCAGAUCAAACCCGCCGGAUGGACAGUUUGAAGAGGUGGCACCGCGGAGGAGCUGAACGUUUUCUUCGGUGAAGAUCCAAAGGAUUUAGAAACGCCAGCAUGGCCUCCGCGCACCGGACUUGGAUUGCUCUGUUCCUUCUCUCGGUGAUGACACGUGACAUUGGAGUACUUGGUCGCGCAGCAGACACGCUGGGAUUUCUGACGCAGUCGUCGAAAACUGCUGCGGAAUCGUCCGCCUCCACUUUACGCACGGACGCGCUGAGGCGGUGGAGGCGCGGGGUGACGGAGACGCACCGGGAUCGCUGCGCGGAGCUGGCGGCGCCUUGGCAGGAAAACACGGCAGAAGCUCCCGAGGAGGAUGUAACGCUGCUGCAGCUCCGGGUUCGGCCCUUUUCCCCGAGAGCCUCCCAGGGCCUGGUGUUCCCUGGAAAAUCCCUUUUCAGCUUCGUCCGACGGGUUUACCACUGCUGUCAACAGGGACUGAGCUGCAGAGGCCUCAAAGGAAUACAGGGUCGCCUGAGAGGAGAACAAACCGUUAGGACAGAAAACAUCACCUCCGUGGUGGAGAUCCCAUCUGGCUCCUGGGAUUUAGUGCAUGUUCUGCUCCGUGACUCUGACAGACUCUCCUCCUCCACCUCCUCUUCAGGUACAGAUGUGGAGUUUCUCCUCACCAGGGAGAUUUCAUCACUGACAGUAAAGAGAGCAGAGCUUCACCUCCAGCUUUCCAACCCCCUGCAUCUGGAUAUCCAUCCUGUGAUUUCGUCUCUGGCAAAACGUGACCUUCCCACCAGGUACAGUUUGUGGUCACGGGGCAGCACGGUGGAGCUGAGAGUGGAUCUGCUGUUCCUUUUCCAGAGUCUGCAGGAGGUGGCGGGUGGUGCCGGAGGGGGUCCCAGCUUGGUGAACAUGCGGCAGGCAGCGAUUUCUUCCAGGGGGGAUCCACCAGGAGAAAAGCCCACUUCAGGGGCUCUGCAGGACACUGAUGGGGAUGUGUGGGGGGAUGGGGUAGCCCACACGCUGCCUGCCCUGGAGCUGGGCUUGGUCUUGGGCUGCAGUCGGGCUGGAUCCGGGGUGCCCUGUGGAACUGGUGGUGUUCACCUCUCAAACACACCUUUCAUGGCUCUGUACCACAGAUGA